CAGGUUGAUGGCAGCGGCAGCUGGGACUGCAGCGGCGCCCGGCCCUGGAGAGCCGCAAGCAGCGGCCAGAGCGCUCAGCCGAUCACCCGGGCCCCAGACGCCGCGGACACCCGGAGAGGCAGUUCCGGCGCCCUGACGCCUCCCUCGGCCCCAGGCGCACCCCCAGCCCCCUCCGCAGAGGAGUCGCAGCGUGAGCGCCCCUCGGCCCGCUCAGGACCAGCUCACAGGACUAAGGACCAAAGGCAUUUCUGGGCACUGAGAUCCUCCAUCUCUGCCCCCAGCCAUGAGCCGGCGCGUGGUUCGGCAGAGCAAGUUCCGCCAUGUGUUUGGGCAGGCAGCAAAGGCUGACCAGGCCUACGAGGACAUCCGAGUGUCCAAGGUCACAUGGGACAGCUCCUUCUGUGCCGUCAACCCCAAAUUCCUGGCCAUUAUUGUGGAGGCUGGAGGCGGAGGUGCCUUCAUCGUCCUGCCUCUGGCCAAGACAGGGCGAGUGGAUAAGAACUACCCACUGGUCACUGGGCACACUGCCCCCGUGCUGGACAUCGACUGGUGCCCGCACAAUGACAACGUCAUCGCCAGUGCCUCAGACGACACCACCAUCAUGGUGUGGCAGAUUCCAGACUAUACCCCUAUGCGCAACAUCACAGAACCCAUCAUCACCCUUGAAGGCCACUCCAAGCGUGUCGGGAUCCUCUCCUGGCACCCCACUGCCCGGAAUGUCCUGCUCAGUGCAGGUGGUGACAAUGUGAUCAUUAUCUGGAACGUGGGCACUGGGGAGGUGCUCCUGAGUCUAGACGACAUGCACCCCGACGUCAUCCACAGCGUGUGCUGGAACAGCAACGGGAGCCUGCUAGCCACCACCUGCAAGGACAAGACCCUGCGCAUUAUCAACCCCCGCAAGGGCCAGGUGGUGGCGGAGAGGUUUGCAGCCCACGAGGGAAUGAGGCCCAUGCGGGCGGUCUUCACGCGUCAGGGUCAUAUCUUCACCACAGGCUUCACCCGCAUGAGCCAGCGAGAGCUGGGCCUGUGGGACCCGAACAACUUCGAGGAGCCAGUGGCACUGCAGGAGAUGGACACAAGCAACGGGGUCCUACUGCCCUUCUACGAUGCCGACUCCAGCAUCGUCUACCUAUGCGGCAAGGGCGACAGCAGCAUUCGGUACUUUGAGAUUACCGACGAACCACCUUUCGUGCACUACUUGAACACGUUCAGCAGCAAGGAGCCGCAGAGGGGCAUGGGUUUCAUGCCCAAGCGGGGGCUGGAUGUCAGCAAGUGCGAGAUCGCCCGGUUCUACAAGUUGCACGAAAGAAAGUGUGAACCCAUCAUCAUGACUGUGCCCCGAAAGUCAGACCUGUUCCAGGACGACCUAUACCCAGAUACGCCGGGCCCCGAGCCAGCCCUAGAAGCGGACGAAUGGCUAUCGGGCCAGGACGCCGAACCCGUGCUCAUCUCGUUGAGGGACGGUUACGUGCCCCCCAAGCACCGCGAGCUCCGGGUCACCAAGCGCAACAUCCUGGAUGUGCGCCCGCCCUCAGGUCCCCGCCGCAGCCAGUCGGCCAGUGACGCCCCUUUGUCGCAGCAGCACACCCUGGAGACGCUGCUGGAGGAGAUCAAGGCCCUUCGCGAGCAGGUGCAGGCCCAGGAGCGGCGCAUCACGGCUCUGGAGAACAUGCUUUGCGAGCUGGUGGACGGCACGGACUAGCGCGGCGCGCCGGGGGAAGCUCGAGCCUGGGGGGCGAAGCCAGGCUCUCCCGGGCGCACGGUCGCGGCCCCGCCCCGGCUUUUGGUCCGGACCCCGCCUCCCUGGGCUGGGGCGGGGGCGGGACUGGGAAGGGAACUCUGCCCCUCGCGGGGGCCCUGGACAGAGGGAGCGUUGUGGAGACUCGCGUGCGUCUGGCGCCCGCCGGGCUGCGUUCCUCAUCCGGGACUCAGCAGGAGCUGGCCGUGGGAGGCCCGGGCUGACGGGGUCUCAGCAUUGGUGCUGCACGGCGAGGCAGGGUCCCCUCUGUCAUCCGCCCAGGGCAGGGGAAGUGCUUAGUAUUAGCGCGAUGCUUGGGGAUAUUGGGGAGCUUGGGCUUGACCUCAAAGGGGUGGCGAUUUGACGGGUCUCCCCAGACUGGCUGGGGAAAAUUACAACGCUUCUCCCUCUAAUUAGCUCACUUGACUCCACCACCCCGAGUGGUAAACCGGACGUGCGUCACCCCAGUUCUACAGACAUACACAACCGGUUGGCAGUAGAACCGGACCCACUGGCUAAACCCAGCAGUCCAUGGCAGAUGGCUCUCUUCCUUUUUUCCACCCGCAGGGGAGAGGGGCGAGGGCGGCUUCCUUGCGGCACCCCUGCCGGAGAACUAACGAGAGAACUGGCAUGAGGAAGCAGGUUCACACACCUCCUCUACACACACACACACACACCCCGCCCCCAGCCCUCUGCUGUGGCCUUGACUCUAGGAGGAAAACAAGAUGUACUGAAUGAAAUAUUUUACUAAG